AUGGACUCCAAACCAUCAGCACCAGCCUAUCCACAGGCUCCUCCAGCCUACGCAGAGGCUGCUGGAGGUGCUCCAGCUCCACCAAACGUCAUCUAUCCACCACAACAGAUGCCGAAUCCACAACAACAGCAACAACCGAUCUAUGUUGUUCAACAACCACAGGAGGUCAUCAUCGUUCAUGCCAAUGCUAAGAUGGCGCCGUCAUUCGACCCAUACAACGAGUUCUGUCCGCAUUGCAAUGUGAACGUGGUGACCCGUGUUGAGCGCACAAUGGGAUUCUGCUCUUGGACGAUGCUCUUCUUGGGUCUCUUCGUCUUCUUCCCACUUCUCUGUUGCUUCUGUUUGGAUGGAUUCAAAGACUCGAGACACGCGUGUCCACAGUGUGGAACCAUUCUUUCUUACAAGAGAAGAUAA